CAACAGUGGAACUGAAGUAACUAAUGUCAAAAUCAGCUGCUAUUACAGAAAGCGCGAAAUUUGUGAUUUGUGUAUGUGAUUAUUAUAGUAGUUAUUUUUUGUUUUAACUUUAUAUGGAAGGAUGCCUAUUUUAGUAAAAACGUCCUCACCAACUGCUCUGGAGGAAUAUGCAAUUGUUGAACUUCAGGGAGAUCUUGAAAUUCGUUCUGGAGAGAAUAUUCAUAAUCUAUUCAUAGGAGACUUGUAUUAUAAUAAAUACGGACAGCCAAUACUUAUAAUUGGGCAUCAUAUACUACAAGGACGAGAGCAGAAAUUGGAGAAACCAUUCGCUGUACUAGAAAAAUUAAAAAACAAAGAUGGAAAGUCUUCAUUGAACGACACAAAUAUGACAAGUGAUCCAAACGCUACCCUAAAUAAAAUAGCCGAUUGCACAAUUUUAGAUAACACAGUGGUUCUAGAAAAUAAAUCGCGACAGUACACCGAAUAUAUAGUUCGUGCAUUAUGCACAAAAAAACUCACAUUCAAAUCGCGACCAAAACCUAUUAUUGCUAAUGUUUCUGCUUCUGUAUGAAAUGAAAACUACUAAUUAAGUUUUGUUUAUUUUAAUAAUAAAUCAAAAAGAUAUUCAAA